AUGAAAGGACUGAUCGGAAUGUUUUACAUCAUAUUUGUAUUGACAUCAUUUGGUGCUAUAUUUGACAAUAGAAAAUUUGCGCCAAUUGUGGAAAUCCUACGGUGUUUAGUGUACCUGCCCUUUGACUACUACCUGAUAGCGUCGGUCCACUGGCAUAUCGGCGCCAAUGAGUACCUAAUAAUGAGUCUCACCGUAUGGGUAGUACGUGUGGUGCACGUGGUGUCCAUCAUAUUCUGGGUGUUGUAUCUCAUCACACGUUUCAUACAAAACAAAAGGGAUCACAACAGCAGUGAAUAUAUGAUGGCAUCCAACGGGGAAAAGGAUGUCGAGAGCGACACCUCAUCGAUGAUCGCGAGGAAUAAAUGUCAGACAAUAUUCAUGAUAUUCUCCAUACUAUUGGGUGUAAUGGUGUUCCUGAGCGCCUGGUUAUCGCGGAUGGACUCAUGCGCUCAGAUGUUGAACGAGUGGAAAAUCGCUUAA